UAGGGGGGAGACUUUACGUGCGGCACAAGUACGGCGUGCGGCAAAGCUCAAAAUCGGUCAGGUUGAAGGCGAUUACCUCACAGCCCCCGAUCAUGUCGGCCACCAGGUAUCGUCGCUUCUUGAAACUGUGUGAGGAGUGGCCCCGGGAUGAGUACAAGAAAGGCCGGGACUUGGGCACGUUUCUGCGGCAGAGGGUGGCGGCUACGUUCCGUGAGGGGGAAAACACGCAGAUCUCAGAUCCAGAGAAGUGCGACCAGAUGUAUGAGAGCUUGGCCCGCAUCAACGGCAACGUGUACAGAGAACGAUUCCCCCGUGUGAGAGACACAAGCUUCACUGGAGUCACAGUGGAAGAGUGCAGAUUGCUUUUGUCAGGGAGCAUGCAGCAGAUGCAGCAAAUGGAUGAGGCAAAAAAGGGCUUGUGGAAGACUUUAAUGGAGCGAUUCUCCUCCAAAUCUCCAGAUGAAGCUCCAGAGAAAACUCCUGAAAAAUAGCAUGUUCAUUUUUUUCUGUUCUUGUGUUAUGUCUAUGUAAAAAUAAAGAUUAUUAUUGGUA